GGGGCGGGGCUCGCGGCUGUGGACAUUUCACAAAAGCAGUCCCCACGCAGCUCGGGCUUUCAUUGACUACGGAUUUGUCGAGUUAACCUGAUUUCUCUACGGUGUGUUGCGUGUUUUUUUUUUUACUGCCGCGCGUAUUUCUUCUAUUGCCGGUUCACUGCGUGGCGCAAAUUGUUUUCCUCCUCGUGCAGUCUCGCGCUGCGUGGACGAGCUCCUUUCAACUUUUGUUGUCGUUUGUUUUGUUCGCACAACAUACUACUACCUGAGUUGUGUGUCCUCUCUGCACGCCUCCACUCCUCUCCGCCAUGGAUUUGGUCUGGAUUGCGGGCUUCCUGGUGAGCGUCUGCGCCCGGUUCGCGUCAGCGGAGCGGCACAGCGUCUACUGGAACAGCACGAACCCCAAGUUCCUAUGGGACGACUACACCGUGGAGGUGAAGCUCAACGACUACCUGGACAUCGUGUGCCCGCAUUACCCCGAGGGCGAGGUGCCGCUGCUGGAUGCCGAGCGCUACGUGCUCUACAUGGUGGAGCGCGAGGACUACGACUCCUGCAAGCCGGAGUCGUACGACCAGAUGCGUUGGGAGUGCGGUCACCCGUUUGCCCCCCACGCCCCGGAGAAGUUCUCCGAGAAGUUCCAGCGGUUCACCCCGUUCACUCUGGGGAAGGAGUUUCGUCAAGGAGAAAGCUACUAUUAUAUCUCCAAACAGUUGCACCACCAUGGACAGGAGUGCCUCAGGCUCCGGGUGGACGUAGAAGCUGCUGAUGGCUCUCAAGAGGCCAGAGUGGCUAAAGGAGGCGGGGGUAGGGGUGGGGUUCACAACCCGUCCAACAGACUGCCUGCAGCAGACGACCCGGUGGUCGUCCUGCCGGACGUGCAGAAGAGCGUGCGGUCGAACUGCGUGGCGGCGGCGGCCCUCUCGGUUCUCGCCCUGCUCGUCUCAUCUUCACUACUGCUGUUGUUGCACUGAGAGGACGUGAAAGGACCGCGGUCGGCAGACUUUCUGUUCACACGACAAUGAAGACGGUCCGUGGGGACGAGACCACGGACUCAAAAAGACGUUGUUUUCCACGCCCCCGGUGCUGGACACGGGGAAACGCUUCUGAAGCUCCGAUGGACUCGCUCGCCCCGACCGUGCGGAGUAACUCCCGAGCAUUUGAGACGAAGCAUCUUAUUUUCCACAAAAAAAUGAAAUUCUUGGAAAGACCGAGCUCUCUCUCGAAGUUUGAACGAUGGCCCUAGAAGACGAUGCGAGAAAGAUGAAGAGGGACCUUAAAGUGGCCGAAGAACAAUCGAGAGCAAAGACAUCCGUUCUAUUCAUUUAGAUGGGACGACUAAGUAAUCUCUCACCUUCUCGAGCCAAAGAUCAGUCAUCUCUCCAACGUGUACACUAUUCCACCCUUGAGUGUUGUGUAUUACCUGUUGUGCUGUUGUCGUGAUGGUAUCGAGUGGCAUUGGUGUCCCGAGUGAUUACUUCCUCUAAAUGUAGCAUUGACGGGCGCGGGGGGCGGGCGGCGUUCUCACGCCUGCAAACUCGACCACGUGCUUGUAUACUGUAGCACUGACCCUGUACGACAUGCACCCCAUAACAGUGUUACACACACACACACACACACACUGACGUCACAUGGCAUGAGACAUGAAAACAAAACUCCAUGGAACUGUGUUGCGUGUACAUUCUGUGAAGAUAAUUUAUAUAACAUUUGCAGCUGAGAGGUUUUACUGUAUAUACCAUGUGCUCACGAGGAGAAAUGUUUACUGGUGGCAGCGGGGAGCGCUCUCUCUCUCUCUCUCUCUCUCUCUCUCUCUCUCUCUCUCGCUCUCUCUCUCCUGAUGGAGUAAGUACUUGUGUGAAAGGGCAAACGUGUGAGAGUAAGAAAAAGGAAGCGAUUGCUUGAACGAGUGAUACAAAAUGUUUUUCUGCCAAAAGUGAACACUGAGAUGUGUGUGUGUGUGUGUGUGUGUGUGUGUGUGUGUGUGUUGCGGAGAGGCUGGACUUCUCUGUUUGUUGGGUCUUGCCGCUGUAUUGGUUAAAGUGUCCAGCAUGGAGCGCUGGUAUCUUAUUACUGCAGGACCCGACCCUGUGUGUCACGGUGCUGUCCUCUCAUGUUUUCAACACACACUUCAUUUACUUAGACCUAAUAAUUAACACAGUUUGGGAUUAUUUGAAACGGUUAUAUAGUCACUAUAGUUCACAAGAGACGAGACACAACAUCAAACUGAGCUGCCGAGCACAACUUCCCCCGACGGGCUGGCUUGACCAACAAAGCACAACGGUGUAUGACUACCAUUGAAGUCAGGCGUUUUUUUUUUUUUACCUGAAUUGUUUUUACCUAAUUUUGUACAUGUGUAAGUAGAAAAAAAGAAAAAAAACUGUAUAUAUUUAUAUAUGUAUAGAGAGAGAGAGAAGAUUAUAUCAAUAAUGUUUGAUAAAUAUGCUAAAUGUGAACAUUUCAUGUGAAAUAAAAAAAAUAUAUAUUUUUGGAAAACCCGACCAGCUUUCUUGUGUUUAUGUUUUAGCCGUGCCUGCAUGUCUGGACCGUCAUCCCUCCACCGUGUACACUGUUUAUUUGGUCGUAUUGGUCUCUUUUGUGUCUUGUAGUAACUAGCAAAUGCUAACAUGCUAAAGUAAGACUUGGUAACAGCCGUAUGUUUGGGAGUUGUUCCUGAUCCGAUGUGAUGUUCUGGGAUGUCGUGUCUGUAGAGAUUGUAAAGCCCUCUGAGGCAAAAUUGUGAUUUUGGGCUAUACAAAAUAAACUGUAUUUAAUAUUCA